AUGCACCUGCUGAUACUGGUUCUCAUCGUGUACCUGGCACGACCAACACAACAAGUUGCCAGUAAGUCCUAUUUUUAUCCGUUGAGGUUUCGAGUAAUCAUCUUGAUGCUGAUAGGUUUAUUUUCAAGCCUAGUUAGCCAGGUGGAGAACGCCUAUAUAUCGUGCUUGUAGUUCUGACCUGACAACUAAUUAUUAGAUCUAAAAUAUUUGAAUGACGCCCAGGCACUUCUAAGAGCAAUUCAGAGUGUUCCACCCUUUGUGUAGGAGUAUUGUUUGAUCAACAACCAUCAAAAGACGAAAACUUAUUAUUCAAAUAGAGGCGAUGAACUGUCUGUAUGGCACAUAUGUCGCCUGAUUCAAGAAGUAAAUUGUGAAAAGAUAAGGGUAUGGUUUAUGGCCGGGGUUGGUUACACCGGGGAGCAUUUGCGUUGAGCAACAGAGCAGAGCAUCAAAGAACUUUGUGGUACCACAAAUUGUGAUCUUCCGUGUUGUCACUAGUUAGAAAGGAUACUAUUUUACUACUUAAUGAUAGUAGUAAAUCAUUUUAAUGCUCCUUCGCUGGCAUUGUCAGAAAUAUAUUGUAUUGACGUAUUUUUCUCCGAUGAAUACCUUAAAGCAUACUGACCACCCUCACAAAACAGAUACCGUUAAGUUUCUUUAUUUCUUUUUCUGAGACGUACAAAUAAAGAUAGCCAGUUAUUUUCUUUUAACACAAUUGGCCCCCUGGAGUAAGUAACCCCUGCCAUAAACCAUAUCCUUGCCCGUGAAACGUUCAGUGAAGAUAGAUAUAUGGAGUGAGAGAGAGAAAGUAAAUCUCUUUUCCUUUGAGUUGAGACUGGCCCAUACGACCAAAGGAAAGAAAUUUCAAACGUGAGCACGCGCUUCAUUCUGAAAGGUCAUAAGGUACGCGGAUUUAUGUCAUACAACAUCCUACAGAACAAAACCGUCGUUUACACGAAUAAGGGUUGCUGCAAUCUACAGGUCCACUGUUUUAUCAAUACAGGCUGUAGGAAAUAGGGGAUCUCGCUUGGCUGGGGUUAAUUUCACCUCCCUACUACUAUGGAUUUAAAAGAAAAUGUGGCGAUCCAACGUUGAUUUCGAUAACUACUUGUCAAGCCAGUACAAUAAUAUGGGACGGGGUACAGUGAAUUAAAAAAAUCGAUAAAAGAUAGUUUUUCAAAAAUACAGGCUGGGCAAGAGUGGAAGGGCGCGGAAAGUUGUAUGUAGUUAGGCAACCUAUGAUCACCGUAAGCGCGGAGCCUGAAAGAGGUUCUCCUGGACGCAUAGGGUCGGUUUUCGCACCCCGAUGGCGGCCGCUUCUGCUGUUGCUAAUAGGCGCUGGCCCAGUAGUUUAGGGUAGCUGGAGGGGACCUUGUAAAUCACAAGAGACGCUUCAGCGGGGUCCACACGAUACCCUGAAUCCACUGCGUGCGCAAGGAUGGCGCUGCCAAUUCUCCUAGUUUCCCCUUUUUCCAGCCCAUGCGGGAAGGUGUUUUCGUAUUCUUUUGGAAAGGCGCCGACUCGUACGACCACUAUAACCUGUUCCACAGUAGCAAGUGAAUGAGUAGAUGCACAUUGAGGCGGUCUGAGGUGGCAGCCUAUCCUUGCCUUCUUCGCGUAAAGUAGGGUUAGUAAAGAAUGAUAUACCAACCCUUGCUGUUGCCAAGGUUCCCGAGACAGCUUGAUAAGGGCGUCUCCUUAGGAGUUCACUUGCAGAGUCUCCUUGGGCAGGGACUUUGCAGAACAACGUUUUCUUUUCGGCGGUCAGUGGGGUGGGUUUUGCGGGUCGUUCGGCAAGGUUCUUUGCAAUGAACCUGUUAGGAUACCCGUUUUCGCGAAGCAAAUCCCCGCUACUAUCCGUUGAACAAAUUUUUCUAGCCCUUUGUGCCAAACACCUGACCAGAUUCCGUUUUUGUUGGAGAGGUACGAAACUAGCGAUGUACGUGUAUUGUCCAGACCAGGUUUUUUUCCGGUAGACGCUUAUUCGGACACUACCAUCAGAAGAUACAUCAUUUUAUUUCACCUUGUCUGCACACGGGCCCAGGCCGUUCAGAGGACAGUUACCAGAAAACAUUUGGCUGCCUGCCCUGCCUACAACUACGUUUCAUAGACAAUCAGUCCAAGAGAAACUCACUGUUCACCGCGAAUAUGGCUAUCCUUUUAAACGUUAGGCGGUGCAGUUCAUUGUGAAAAGUGUAAACUGAACAUGGUUUGUCAGGCAAGAUACUGCUUUACAGCGGAGGCGUCGUACUUGAUUUGCGAUGUCAUGUUACGUUAGGACAAGGUUAUAUCAUAUUAACCGCACAGGUACUAGCCAAAAGCCCAUACACGCGUGUUUCGUCUAUAUUCUGCUGUUUCAUGACGCAGUUGCGAAGGGUUUGGCUCGUCAGUGUGUCCCCAGCAUUCCCCGUGCGUGUUCUGGUAGAUACUGUAAUUUCAAAAUUGUCGUUUUCUAAUUUCCUCAGAAAUUAAAAAGCGACAAUUUCUAAAUUGGAGUAUCUACCAGAAAACGGCGAAACACGCGCAUAAGGGCUUUUGACUAGUACCUGUGCUGUUUGCACGGUAUCACAUUACCCUCACGUAUACUACUAGCUGUCUGUCGACAGUUAAUGAAUGUUACGCGCUUACUCGCUGUAGCUGAUGGACUUUGACCAUACACAAAAUUCUCGGUCUGAGCCUAUAGACCUUGAAUAAACUGAUCUACUCCAGCAUCGUAGAUAAGUUUUGAGGAAAUUAGAGAGCGACGAUGUCAUGUUAGUGUCCUGUCUAAAAUGACAGUUUCUUUUUCGUUUGGCCUGAUCUUUUACGCCAAAGUUUAGUGCUCACUGAGUAGUAGAUUCGAAGUCAAAAGGUACUUUGAUACUGGGUUAGCUUAACUGACUGCAUUAAACGGUCAAGAUAGCAGCCGGUGUUCUACUUGUGACAACUCAUAUAUACAACACAUUCUGGUGUCUCUCGCAAUUUUCAUUGUCGAGCACGAUAUAUAGGAUUUUCUUGAUUACCUCUUCGUCGAAAGCCUGUCUCCCUCAAUCGCUAUUUCCAGACAGAGGAAGGUGUCGAUCCAAGGGUCAAAAAUAUGCAGCAUUUUGGAUGUAUUGGAAGACGUUUUUGGUCAAAAACGAACAACUUACUGGUCCGUGGCAAAAUCAGUAACAACAUUUUGCUUGGUUAGCUUAAAUGAAUGCAUUAAACGGUCAAGAUAGCAGCCAGAGCUCUACCUGUGACAACUCAUAUGUACGACACUUGUGACUUUCAUUGUCGAGCAUGAGAAAGACGAUUUUCUUUACCAGCUCCUCGUCGAAAGCCUGUAUCUCUCCCUCGCUAUUUCCAGACGGGGGGAGAGUGUUAAUCUAGGGGUCAAAUGCAUGCAGUAUUUUCGAUGUAUUGAAAGAUGUUUUUGGUUAAAAACGAACAAUUUGCCGGUCCGUGACAAUACCAGUAGCAUAAUUUUGCAGGAACAGACACCAUAGAUUCCUGUUUGAUUAACCAGUCCUAAUUCCAAUACAAAGGUGUAGUUCGACCAUCGAUUUCGAUGAUGUCCACCGUGCGCCCCACAGACUGCAUUGUGGAGCAGGGACGGUGACUAACGCAGGGGUUUAUAGUGCCAGUAGACUUGCCUAGCAUCUACCUACAAUCUCUCCUCCUACCCCGCCUGAGCCCGGUGUCAAGACCAAGUCAAGGAGACCGGAGACGGGGUAGGCCGCAGGUGGAUGGCUCGGACGGAUCCUCGCCUUGGCGCUCCACUCCACACCCCCUGGUCCACACACAAAUGACCAGGAUUUUGACCACAAAACAAUGGGGUGGUGGCAGUGGUCCGGUUGUGCGACGAAUGCCGACAACAGGGUCCGCCAGCGCACCCCGCAAAUGUUGGCAUUUGUUAUUGCGCACAGAUAACGCCUGCCAGAGUCCGAUGUGGCCCCCGAGUUGGUCCAGCGCAUCUAACACGUGGCCCGUUUGGAGGGCACACAAAGUUGUAGUAACCUGUUAUAGGCAGUAGUACUCUGCAUAUAGCAAUUGUCACUGGCUACAGCGAACUAUUUAACGGGUUUCAGGUGAUUUGUUAUUUGGUUGAUCUGAGAAUACAGGUGUUAACAUCUACAUCUUGAAGAACCAAUUAUAUAACUUUCGAAAGUUUUACAUCUUCCGUAAACCUUUAACUCUGGCAUAUUGCUAUUUAUAGAACCAAAAUGUUAACUGUGAUGCUAUUAUUCAAAGGCCUAGCGAUUAUGUAAGGUUAAAAUAUUAUUUACGGGGAUUACAAAGUACGUAAUUAUGAUUCAUUGCUUUCUGGUCUUUGGGUGAGAAUCACUCCAAGUAUGAUCUGACUUCCUUUUUGAGAAUUCCUAAAUAUGCGGUUUCCUUCUUCGUCUGCCUUGAACAAGGUGAAUUCUUUCGACUGGGAAUAUGCACAGAAUGCUUUCUCGCUGCGUCAAUAUUUCGACGGCAGUAAUGUCUGAAAACAUAUUUUUUUAAAAUACUUUGGAGAAUGUCUAGGUUUUCAGGUGUAUGUCAUUUAAGUCAGAAUGUGCCUUCUUAGAGACAUUCGAGGAAAUCGGAAUCUCUAACAUAGAUUUUACCAUUAUGGUAGUAGGACGGUCUCAAGAAUCUUCAAACCCUCAGGAAGUUCAUUCUAGCUUUAUGAAUUGCGGAAAUUUAUAUCAUCGAAAUGUUAUUUUUUUCGUGCUUUGUUUUAGGUUGUUGCUGAUUUCCAUUUCUUAUCAUUGAAAAGACUCACUUGCCCUCUAAAACAACAGAAAAUUGUUGAUUUACGUCCAGAAUCGUAAAAAUAUGCGCUACGUCGAUAAUAAUGAUAAUCUAUAAACGGUGCGGAGAGAGCGGCUACCCAAAACCCGUAGGCCGUAGUUGAAACACUGAAUAUAGCUUAUGUUUGAUGAAGUUCACGAAUGGUUGUCCCUACAUGCCUAAUGCCACUUAAAUAAUAUUUUUAGUUUUAAGUUCCAUAUUUAAAUUUCAGGCAACCUUUAGUCAUCAGAAUCCCAUAUUUAUAAGAUAAGGUAAACUGUGCAAUCAGUGAUAAGCCUAGAGGGAUGAAACAUGACAGGUAAAUAAAACACAGGCCGUUGGUCUGAUAUACGGGUGUGCAUGCCGAGGGGGAGAGAAGGAGGGAAGUUAUCUAAGCGAGCGAAUUUACAUUAGGUUAAAACCUGUCAGGCACAAAUGAACUUCAACACGCCCUUAUUUUCCACCCCUAACGGCCACUUCGGCAUGUGUUCAGCUGACCGAACUGCUUGUCUUUGCGUGCGCACAAUUUGCACCCGCAGAUACAUGCAAACUUAUGUAAACUGUGUAAGCAGCUGGAUCACGUGAUCAACCCCGCACUGCCAUGGUAAGGAUCGACAAUGACAUAACUCCAUUACCACACCCAUUCUCUCAUUCCCUCGGCCCCUCGUCCCCCCCCCCCUCCGCAGGACUGACUGCCGUCCCGCGUGUUGAAUUUUAUUCACGCCUGAGAACUUUUCACUGUAAUGUAAGCCCGCUUGCUUAGAUAACUUCCCUCACCCUUUCCCCUUCGCCAUGCGCACUUGCAUAUCAGCCUGUCUCGUUGCCUUUGUCUUGUUCUAAAUUCUUCCGGGAAAACAAUGCUUCGACUUAAUCGCAUAAUCGGUGGUAUAUUUCUCCUCCUAGGCAAUGUAAGAGACAUUUUAACUCUUUAGCAACAAAUAGCCGUACCACAAACUGGGUUACUCUGUCAGUCAAAGUAACAAAAUGAAACCGUCUGCACUCCCCUAGUAGACGUGUUACUGCAAAAGAUAGGAUUUUGUGCCAAGAUGAUUCCUUUUCACCUUGUGAGGGUACAGAUAGGAGUUGAGCUAGCAUCUCCAAUGAGAAUAGUUGACAGAUCGAUACGAUUUUGUUUCGCUUCUUCUGAUGCUGCUGCCCGGUUUUAGGCUGUCAGGGUCUGGGAGAAGCCUGCAGUCGAACUAUCUUUCAGCGCUGCUGUGGCAACACGGUGUGCGACCUAAAAUGGUUUGGACAUGGAAGCUGCGUCAAGUGUUAUGAACCUCGACGACUAUGCCUGUGGGAUGACGAAUGCUGUAGCAAAAACUGCAAAUGGUUCUUCUGCCAAUAA